GAACCGGAACCUGCCCGCACACACACCGGGGUCUUACCGAGGCCUUCCGGCGGUAGCGGGAGCCGUGCGCGGGAUGGAGACGAUCCUGGAGCAGCAGCGGCGGUACCAUGAGGAGCGGGAGCGACUCAUGGACGUGAUGGUGAAGGAGAUGCUCACCAAGAAGUCCACGCUCCGCGACCAGAUCAACUCGGACCACCGCACCCGGGCCAUGCAGGACAGGUACAUGGAGGUGAGCAGCAACCUGCGGGACCUGUACGACGACAAGGACGGCCUGCGUAAGGAAGAACUCAGUGCCAUUUCUGGGCCAAAUGAAUUUGCAGAGUUUUACAACAGACUGAAGCAAAUUAAGGAAUUUCACCGGAAGCACCCAAAUGAGAUCUGUGUUCCUAUGUCAGUGGAGUUUGAGGAGCUGCUGAAGGCCAGAGACAACCCAAGUGAAGAAGCUCAGAAUCUGGUGGAGUUCACAGACGAGGAAGGGUAUGGACGAUACUUGGAUCUGCAUGAUUGUUACCUCAAGUACAUUAACCUGAAAUCAUCAGAGAAAUUGGAUUAUAUCACUUACUUAUCCACAUUUGACCAACUCUUCGAUAUUCCCAAGGAGAGAAAAAAUGCUGAAUAUAAGAGGUAUCUUGAAAUGCUCCUUGAGUACCUGCAGGAUUACACAGAUCGAGUGAAGCCAUUGCUGGACCAGAAUGAACUUUUUGGGAAAAUUCAGACAGAGUUUGAGAAGAAGUGGGAGAACGGCACAUUCCCGGGCUGGCCGAAAGAGACCAGCAGUGCCCUCACCCAUGCUGGUGCCCACCUGGACCUCUCGGCCUUCUCCUCCUGGGAGGAAUUGGCCUCCCUGGGACUGGACAGGUUAAAAUCAGCUUUGCUGGCUCUGGGGCUGAAGUGUGGCGGGACUCUGGAGGAGCGUGCUCAGAGGCUCUUUAGCACUAAAGGCAAAUCCCUGGAAGCUCUUGAUCCUUCCUUGUUUGCUAAGAAUCCAAAGACAAAAGGGAGCAAAAGGGACACUGAAAGAAAUAAAGAUCUUGCAUUCCUAGAAGCUCAGAUUUAUGAGUAUGUGGAAGUUCUUGGGGAACAAAGGCACCUCACCCACGAGAACGUGCAGCGCAAGCAGGCACGGACAGGGGAGGAGAGAGAGGAGGAGGAGGAAGAGCAGAUCAGCGAGAGUGAGAGUGAAGAUGAGGAAAAUGAAAUCAUUUAUAAUCCUAAAAAUCUGCCUCUUGGUUGGGAUGGGAAGCCCAUUCCAUACUGGUUGUACAAACUCCAUGGACUGAACAUCAACUACAACUGUGAGAUCUGUGGUAACUACACCUACCGAGGGCCCAAGGCGUUCCAGAGGCACUUUGCAGAGUGGAGACAUGCCCAUGGAAUGCGGUGCCUGGGCAUUCCCAACACAGCACACUUUGCCAAUGUCACACAGAUCGAAGAUGCAGUCUCGUUGUGGGCAAAGCUGAAACAGCAGAAGGCUUCAGAGAGGUGGCAGCCCGAUACAGAGGAGGAAUAUGAGGAUUCCAGUGGGAACGUGGUGAAUAAAAAGACCUACGAAGACCUGAAGCGCCAAGGGCUGCUGUAGCUGUUCCCAGGUCAAGGAUCCCACAUUGUGGAGAGAGUGGAUCUGGCAGCAGCUGUGACUUCUUCAUUGUCUGGAUUUUGUAUGUGCAUGAAUAUAGAUUUCAAGAAUACUUUAUAGAGUCACUUUCUAGUAAGCCCCUUAGACUUGUGACAUUGUUUUAUAUUAAAAAAAUACCUUGAAAAAUAAAGUCAUUGUAAUUUA